UGGGUUGGCCGCGAGUGAGGACGUGGCAGAGAGCAGGUCGGGGAGGGGGCACUUCCGGUGGGAGCGGCAGGCCCGGGAACCGGAAGCGGGGCCUGGCGGCGGAGCGCAGCCGGGGCAGCAGCGCCGGGAGGGACGAGCGAGGAGCACCCGUCGACAAGUACUGCGGCACCAAAGCAGCAUGCCUGAGAAUGUUCAAGAGACCCUCUGAAUCAAUCUCUGAAGAUCCAGAUCCUCACUCUUCUUCCUUUUGGAGAACACUGUGGUCCCCGUUUUUCAGACAUUGGAAGCAAUUUCUUUGGACCGCUGGGUCUUGAAGAUUGAGUGGGAAUACUCCCUUCAGUUCAAGGCCAGGCCAAAAUGCAGUCUUGGCUUCCCUUUCCCUUUUCAGGGAUCCCUCUCACAAGAAACUGCUGGAAGUAGAGGUCUUGUCCCUGUUGAAAAUGGGAGCUAUAGAAGUGGUGCCAGAGCCUUACUGAAGGAAGGGCUUUUAUUCCUGCUAUUUCCUUUCCCUUCAUCCCUUUCAGAAAGGUGAUCAAGACUGGUGAGACUAGUUUGGGGAUGUGAACACAAUGAGUGUAAACCAGCAAGCUCACACAGGGCUUCCUUAUGGGCAGCCUCAGCCUGGAUAUCAGGGAUACCAACAAUCCGGUUAUGGAGGGCAGCAAAUGCCUGGAGUUCAUCAUUCUCAGUAUGGAGCUUACAAUGGUCCGCUGCCAGGAUAUCAGCAGCCAGCCCCUUCACAAGGUACAUUAAGAGCGCCUCCACCAACCUCUGGAGCACCUGUUCCUGCUGGCCAGCCAGUGUAUAGUCAGUUUGGGCAAGGAGAUGUGCAGAAUGGGAUUGCAACUUCAGCAGUCCAGAUGCAAAGGCCCUCUGCAUCUCAGCCAUUCAUACCAGGCACUGCACCCACACCUGUUAGCCAACCAGCUACUUUCCAGCAAUAUGGCUCUCCCUCAAUCAGUGCGCAACAACUGACCAAUCACAUGGCAGGAAUGCAGAUAGGCAGUUCAACCUCGGCUCCUCCCCCAGCUGGACUGGGCUAUGGUCCCCCAACAUCAGUUCCUCCAGCCUCAGGAAGCUUUACUGCGACAGGAUCUGGUCUCUACACAUCUUACUCUCCAAGCCAAGGACCCCCUCCUGUUACCAUGACCCAUGUAUUGCCCCCUACCAGCCUGUCUCAGGGUCUUUCCCUGGCACAACCUGCUUUUUCUGGUCCGCCACUGUCAGCCCAGCGCCUCCCUCAAGCCCCUGGUUUUGUCCCACCUCCCUGCUCCACAGGGAUUGGACCUUCCAGUUACCCUCCUACCACUGGGGCCCCAAGACCUUCAACAAUACAAGGCUCACAGUUGCCUGGACAUGCUCUAACUGGAUUACCACCAUCCCAGCCUAAUCAUGUGUCCUCACCACCACCUCAUCCAGCCAUGUCUGGGCCUGCAAUGACUGGCCUCCAGGGACCACCUCCUCUCACACAUCCUUCCCAGUCAGGAUACCAAGUGCAGCAGAAUGGCUCCUUUGGACAGGUUAGGGGCCCACAACCAAACUAUGGCGGUGCUUAUCCAGGAACAUCAAAUUACGGGAGUCAACCUGCACCACCUCCCCCGCCAAAACGCUUGGAUCCGGACUCCAUUCCUAGCCCUAUCCAAGUAAUUGAAGAUGACAGAAAUAACCGCGGAUCAGAGCCAUUCAUCACUGGAGUUAGAGGGCAGGUCCCACCCCUCGUUACUACCAAUUUUCUGGUGAAAGAUCAAGGUAACACAAGCCCCCGCUACAUAAGAUGCACAUCUUACAAUAUUCCUUGCACCUCAGAUAUGGCCAAACAAUCCCAGGUUCCCCUAGCUGCUGUCAUAAAACCACUGGCUACGCUACCCACAGAUGAGGCCCCUCCCUAUUUGGUAGACCAUGGAGAACCUGGUCCUAUCCGGUGCAAUCGGUGCAAGGCCUACAUGUGUCCUUUUAUGCAGUUCAUUGAGGGUGGAAGGAGAUUCCAGUGUUGCUUCUGCAGCUGUGUCACUGAGGUGCCUCCUCACUACUUCCAGCAUUUGGAUCAUACCGGCAAGAGAGUGGAUUUCUAUGAUCGACCUGAAUUAUCUUUGGGCUCCUAUGAGUUUUUGGCAACAGUCAGCUACUGUAAGAAUAACAAGUUUCCCAGCCCACCUGCUUUCAUUUUCAUGAUUGAUGUGUCUUACAAUGCUGUAAAGAGUGGCUUGGUGAGGCUGAUCUGUGAAGAGUUGAAGUCACUCCUGGAUUACCUGCCCAGGGAAGGCAACAUGGAAGAGUCAGCCAUUCGGGUGGGCUUUGUCACUUACAACAAAGUGUUGCACUUCUAUAAUGUGAAGAGCUCAUUGGCACAGCCACAAAUGAUGGUUGUGUCGGACGUAGCUGAUAUGUUUGUGCCGCUGCUUGAUGGCUUCCUGGUGAACGUGAACGAGUCCAGGACAGUUAUUGUCAGUUUGCUGGACCAGAUCCCGGAAAUGUUUGCGGACACAAGAGAAACAGAAACUGUCUUUGCCCCGGUGAUUCAGGCAGGAAUGGAAGCACUGAAGGCGGCAGAGUCUGCUGGCAAGCUCUUCAUCUUUCACACCUCACUGCCCAUUGCAGAGGCCCCAGGGAAGCUGAAGAACAGAGAUGACAGGAAGCUAAUCAACACAGAUAAGGAAAAGACUUUGUUUCAGCCUCAGACGAGCUUCUACAACAACUUGGCCAAGGACUGUGUGACCCAGGGCUGCUGUGUAGAUCUGUUCCUUUUUCCAAACCAGUAUUUGGAUGUGGCAACACUGGGAGUGGUUCCUUACCAGACAGGUGGCUCCAUUUAUAAGUACGCCUAUUUCCAGCUGGAGACAGACCAAGAGCGGUUCCUGAAUGACUUGCGCAAAGAUGUCCAGAAGGAAGUGGGAUUUGAUGCUGUGAUGAGGGUGCGCACAAGCACGGGUAUUCGAGCAACUGACUUCUUUGGUGCUUUCUACAUGAGCAACACGACAGAUGUGGAGCUGGCGGGUCUGGACUGUGAUAAAACCAUCACAGUGGAAUUCAGACAUGAUGACAAACUGAGUGAAGAUAGUGGGGCGCUUCUUCAGUGUGCUCUGUUGUACACAAGCUGCGCAGGACAGCGACGACUCCGCAUUCACAACCUCUCCCUGAACUGUUGCACGCAACUUGCUGACCUCUACCGGAAUUGCGAGACAGACACACUCAUCAAUUACUUGGCUAAGUUUGCAUAUCGUGGGGUUCUGAAUAAUCCAGUCAAGACAGUGCGAGACACGCUGAUCAACCAGUGCGCACAGAUUCUGGCAUGUUACAGAAAAAACUGUGCUAGCCCCUCUUCUGCUGGCCAGCUGAUCCUCCCUGAAUGCAUGAAGCUGCUUCCUGUGUACUUGAACUGUGUGUUGAAGAGUGAUGUCCUGCAGCCUGGGGCAGAAGUCACCACUGAUGACCGGGCCUACAUCCGCCAGUUAGUCAGCUCCAUGGAUGUAGCGGAAACAAAUGUUUUCUUUUACCCCAGACUUUUGCCUCUGACCAAAGUAGAUGUUGACAGCGACACCUUACCAGCGGCAAUCCGGAACUCUGAAGAGCGACUCUCUAAGGGUGACCUGUACCUCCUAGAGAAUGGAUUGAACAUCUUCGUGUGGGUAGGAGUGAAUGUGCAGCAGGGCCUGAUCCAGAACCUCUUUGGAGUGUCAUCCUUCAACCACAUCAGCAGCACUCUGAGUACCUUGCCAGUCUUGGAAAACCCCUUCUCUAAGAGAGUGCGAUCCAUCAUUGACAUGUUCCAGGCACAAAGAUCCCGCUACAUGAAGCUAAUAAUUGUGAAGCAAGAAGAUAAAUUGGAGAUGCUAUUCAAACACUUUCUGGUGGAGGACAAGAGCAUGAGUGGGGGGGCUUCAUAUGUGGACUUCCUCUGUCAUAUGCACAAGGAGAUUCGGCAGCUACUGAGCUAGAGGAGGGAGUGGUGCUGGACUUCAGCAGUGACAUUUCAGUCUCCGCUAACCACCUGAUCCAUGGGCCCAGCUCCCUCAAGAAGGACAACAUAGAAACCUGUACAAUUCCGUAAUUUUUAAUACACAUUGCAUAAGCAAAGAUCCUUUCAACCUCUCCCAGCCCCAUUUGAGAGAGAUGCAAAAUUUCCUGGCGAGGGCAGAGAAAAGGCCUUCGAACCCAGGUCUUUUACCUGUCUCUAAGUUAUUUCCUGUACUUGGCAGGAAUCUACCCUCCUAUGCUCGCUAAUCCUGUUGUAAUGAAUGUAGUUUCUCAGUUCACUGUACAUGAUUCAGCAUUGGGUGAAAAAGCGAUAACUCUUCAAAACUACUAGUCGUUGCUGUGUGUUUGUGUGCGCGCGCGCAUGCUCCAAGAGUGAAGAGGAGCCAGGUGGGGGAGGACAGGAGGUAGGCCAUCCAGCCAGAUGGUGGGAGUUGGAGCACCUAAGCAUUUUUUAAAUCUCCUUCCUAGUUUAGGGGAAAAUACAACAUGCAGAGCACAAACUGCAACUUGUGGCCCUCUGGACCCAGGAGUCUUCAUUUAGAAAAAAACAAACUACUCAUCAACUGAGCUGUGAGCAAGGGGCUAGCAGGACAAAUCCUUCCGAUAUCUCCACAUCUUAUUGUGGUAAGAGUUGCAGUGCAGAAUGGUAGUAGAAUAAAAUAAUUUUAAACAGUGAGUGAGCAACAAUCAACAGCUGCUGAAUGGGAGAGGGGUAGACUAAGAGCCUUCUGUUGUCAUGAAUGGCACCCCCGCAACCCCUUCCCUUCCUUGGGAAAAGCAACCUCCCCAUCUUAUUUUUCUGUGCAGCGUUGUCUUAUGCCUUCCAUGUUCUAUGGCCUCAUGUCACUCGCUCCUUUUGUUAGAGCCUACCUACGCUGGUCUAUUCGUGGUGAUCAUACCCACUGCCUCCAUGUUUCAGUUGAAAUAGGAAAUAUUUUUAGCAAGGUGACAUAGGGCUGUAGGGAACAGGAUCUGAGUGGCAAGGUAGCUGUUUUCUGUUCAGACUAGGCUGAAUCACAGCAGAUAAGCAAGGAUCUGAGUCUUAGUGGUGCAAGCUUGAGACUGCUUUGUACCCCAGAGUUCAAGGAAGGGGAUGCAAAGGAACAAGAAUAGAGUUUAAACUGCACUGCACAAGGUAAUACCAAGUACUUGACCUCAGUUGUUGGGAAGGUGCCAUAGUGGAAAGAAUAUUUUCAACACUGUAUGUUUAUACCCCUCGUUCUACCUACUGAUCCAUCUGCAUAGAAAACUUUUAUAAGCCUGUUUGUUAACCUAAGAUACCUCAGUCAGAUUAGCCCAUCCACUUUGUGGCUGGCCAGUCUGCCUCUCCACUCUGUAAGGAUGGAAGAGAGGACUCCUGCAAAGGGGAGUGAUGAGUUUAAAUCAGAUUCAGAAUUCUAAGGGCUUGUUCAUUAAUUUUUGAAAGGGGGGUAAUUUACUUUAACACUGACAGAGCUCUUACAAUACCCAGGAUUUAAUGAGGGGACAGCAGCACUGAAGAUGUGAGGGAAAAAUGGGAGAAUAUGCAGAAUAAUGGGUGAAGAGAUUGGAUGCAGUUAGAGGACAUGUUUUAGUUGGCCUCGGCUUUUCAAAAUAGGGUCCUUUUGCAGAAGACCUGUUUAGUUUUAAAACAAAAAACUUGGCUCCGUGGUUUUAGUCCCAUGACCUGUAGUGUGUGUAAAUCUGUUUUUCUUCUACUGCCGCUAGUUUGUCUUCCCUCAUAUCACUACACACAAAGGGGAAUAUGAGAACGGUAAUGAAGAAACUCCUUUAAAAUACAGCAGACAGUUCUUCAGCAUUUUCUGUAUGUAUGUGGCUGACAUUUUUUACCCCAUACACUGCCUCCAACCAAAAAUGUAGAGGGUUUUUUAAACCGAUGGAGAGAGAGCUUCCCAAGAAUACAAUGCUUGGCAACCACAGACUUUCACAAUACUAAUUUCUAGUAUUAAUAUAAGAGGGGAAAAUAAGCUCAUAAGUGAACCUUUCAUUUUCUUCACUCUUGUUUUUUUUCCAAUGCAUCUUUUAAUUUGUAAAGAAAUAAAAAAAAAAUAUUAAGAUGUAUUUUAUGUCAUUGUUAGUAAAUAAACACUGCUGAUUAUUUUUCCAAACCCUGUAUUUUGGGGGGGGAGGGAGGAAGGGGAAGCCUGGGGUCUAGGUGAGUAAUCAAUUCAACCUGCUGCCAAUCAAGUUCUGUAUUUUUAAUAUUUCCUGUUUGGAUGUGUUUAACUUUCCACUCCUUCUGAACCUUGGUUUUGCUAAGAACAUUCCCUUUCCUCUGAGAUGGCUUGGGUUAAAUUACGACUGCUUUUUGGUCUAUUUCCAUAACCAUUUCUAGUUGAUAUUUUGAGAGAGUACUAUUAUUAGCUACAAUUAGAAUCUCAAGGACCCCAUUUUUCUUGGAGUACUCCAUUAAUAUGGCAGAAUAAUUUCUGAUUUUCUUGGAAUCCAAAAAUAAAGUUCAAAUUAAACACAGCAGUUGGCAACAGCACUCUUGCAAGUCUAGGCUAAACUUGUAAUCUGUGCAUUGCACUUUAAUUUGAAUCUCAUUGUCUCCUCUAUACACUUGACUGUAGCUUAAAACAUAGAUAUUGUACAUUUAACACUGAUAAAUAAUCUUUUCAGCCAUCUGUAUAUGAAAACACAAGCCAAUCAUUGCUAAAUAACCAUCAUUAUUUUCUGGAGAGAUUCCAAUCUGUUACAGAGGGCAUGUUCCUACAUUUGUUAUAUCCAAAAUCACUGCUGAACUGAUACUUUGAGAUGAGUGAUGGGCUUUGUGCAUUAAUUAUCUGGAAUAAAUUGUGCCUGCAGGAAUGUUGUGAGAUUA